AUGGCACCUCCAAAAAUCACCUUCUACGUUGACAUCGUCAGCCCAUUCGCCUACAUCGCCUUCCACGUUCUGCGGAACUCACCAGCCUUCGCAAACUGUGAAGUCACCUAUGUUCCCAUCUUCCUAGGAGGCUUGAUGCAAGCAUACAAGAAAAACUACCUGGGACAACAGCGGGUGCGCUGGGCAAAGUACUUCUCCGUCCCCAUAAUCGAGGGUUUCCCCAAAGGUUUCCCCAUCCGCACUCUCCCCGUGCAACGCGCCCUGUGCGCCAUCUCCCAGCGAAACCCCGAGAAGCUCGCCGAUGUGAUCGGCGCCAUCUUCCACUCUUUCUGGGUCGACGGUAACACUACCGUCGGCGACGCAGAGGGCUUCGCGCCCCUUGUCGAGAGCGUUCUAGGCGCGCAGGAGACGCAGGAAGUCAUCGCUGCUAUGGGUAAACCAGAGAUCAAAGCUUUGCUGAGCGCGAAUACCGAUCGGUCAUUCACGUCUGGUGCAUUUGGGCUGCCUUGGUUCGAAUGCACCAACUCCAAGGGUGAGAAGGAGGGAUUCUGGGGUGUCGAUCAUAUUGGGCAGGUAGCGGAUUUCUUGGAUUUGGAUCGGUCUCUCGACAAGGGAUUCCGGGCUGCGCUUUGA